AUGGGAGGGGGUGAACUCACACAUAGAGUCACUUUUAUGGAAGGAGGAGAGGAGAGUCAACAGGGUGUGAAUAAGGUUGAAAUGGGAUUUGGACAGACUUAUCCUGAAUAUCUACAGCUCGACAAAAUCCUGACCGCACAAAAAUUGAAAUCAGAAGCCGAUGGUCAGCGUGUUGACGAUGAGCAUCUGUUUAUUGUUAUCCAUCAGGCUCACGAGCUUUGGUUCAAACAAAUUAUUUUCGAUUUGGAUAUUGUCAGAAAACUCCUCAAUAAUACGAUUGUGGAUGAAACGAAAACAUUGAAAAUCGUAUCAGGAUUGGAUCGAAUCGUGAAAAUCUUGAGUCUUUUGACUGAACAAAUCACUCUUUUGGACACAAUGAGUCCAUUGGAUUUUGUUGAUUUCAGAAAGUAUCUGACUCCAGCUUCUGGGUUUCAGUCACUCCAAUUCCGGGUUUUGGAGAAUAAGUUGGGUGUGAAGCAGGAAAGAAGAAUUAAGUACAAUGCUCAACACUACAAGAAUGUAUUCAAUGAUGAGGAUCUGAAGGCUUUGAACACAACAGAAGAAGAGAAAAGUCUUCUGACUCUUAUCGAGAGUUGGUUGGAGAGAACUCCUGGAUUGAAAUCAACUUCAGAAGACGAAGGAUUCUGGAUUAAGUAUGAGAAUUCGGUCAACAGAUAUCUCAGUGAUUUGGCCAAACAAGCAGCGGACCCAUCAAAUACGGAAGAAAUCUCUAGGCAACUCACAGCCGAAUAUCAUAAAACUUCAGAUGCUUUCCAGUCGAUUCUCGAUCCAAGACAACAUGAACAGCAUAUUAGAAAUGGAAAUCGUCUUCUCUCUCAUGAUGCCACUAAAGGAGCAAUGAUGAUCUAUUUCUAUCGUGACAUGCCACGUUUCUCUCAACCAUAUCAAAUUCUUACUUUCCUUAUGGACAUUGAUAGUCUGUUCACAAAAUGGAGAUAUAACCACGUCUUACUGGUUCAAAGAAUGUUGGGAGCAAAGCAAGGAACUGGUGGAUCCUCGGGAUACAUGUAUCUUCGUUCGACAGUCAGUGAUCGAUACAAAGUAUUCUUAGAUUUAUUCAAUCUAUCCACAUGGCUGAUUCCACGUGAAUACAUCCCAAUGUUGUCUCCUCGAAUGGUCAAAACUCUUUCAGAACAUUCGAAUCUUUCUCAUUCACAAUCAUCUGAAAGUGAAUAA